AUGGCUUUCCACUCCUCCUUCAAUUUCCUUCUCUUCUUUUGCCUUCUCUUCCCCAUCAUCAUCUACCCCUCCAUAGCCAAAGCUACUACUACUUCUUCUUCUUCCUCCUUUCGACCCAAAACUCUCUUUCUACCAGUAACCAAAGUUGUCCACUCUACCAAUAUAAAACAAUACGUCAUUGACACCAAACAAAGAACCCCUCUAGUUCCCAUCAAACAAACACUAGAUCUGGGCGGCCAAUACCCUUGGUUAGUAUGCGAUCGAAGUUAUGUCUCAUCCACCUAUAAGCCUGCUCAUUGCGGCUCUGCUGCUUGCCGGCUCACCAAGUCCCAUGUUUGUCGGGAUUGCAAAGGAACCAUUAAUACUCCAGGCUGCAACAAGAACACAUGCAUCGUCAAUACCUUCAACAGAAUCGGUCACGUAUCGGUCAGCGGUGAGUUAGCACAAGACAUUGUCUCCAUCCUUGCCGUCAAUAACUCUAUUGUUACCACUGGCAAGCCAGUUUCUGUCCCUAAAUUCCUAUUCGUCUGCGGGAAAACCUCUCAAUUAAAAGGCUUGGCUAGUGGUGUCAAAGGCAUUGUUGGCUUGGGAAGGUCUAAUCUCGGACUUCCUUCGCAAUUCUAUUCGGCUUUCAGCCUCAAAAAGAAGUUUGCCGUAUGUUUGAGCUCUUCAACAACAUCUGAGGGUGUUGUUUUCUUUGGUGAUGGACCUUAUUACACUUUGGCCCAUCGUGAUUUCUCUCAGGCUCUUGCUUACACUCCACUCAUCGUCCAUCCCACCAAUUCGAAAUCUUCAGAAUACUAUAUCGGGGUUGAGUCUAUCAAGAUCGGUGAUAAAGCUGUGCAUUUGAACACUUCAUUGCUAUCCAUUGCCAAGGAUGGUAGUGGUGGAACAAGGAUUAGCACGGUCGAGCCCUACACGGUGCUGCACUCCGCCAUAUACAAAGCGGUGGUGGGUGAAUUUGAGAGUGCUUUGAGAGCAUUUAUAGGUGAUGAUCGGUUCAAAAGAGUAGCAGCUGUGAAACCUUUUGGUGCUUGCUAUAACUCGAGCUACAUUGGCAUCGAUCGAUUGGGACCGGUCGUGCCACGCAUUCAGCUUGUGCUGCAUGGCCAAAGUGAGCCUUGGAUGAUAUACGGAGCGAACGCAAUGGUGGAUGUUGGGGAGAAUGUAUUGUGUCUUGGAUUCGUUGAUGGAGGUGAAAUUCCUUUGCAGCCUUCCAUUAUUAUUGGAGGGCAUCAAUUGGAAGACAAUUUUCUUCUGUUUGAUUUAGCUAGUAACAGGCUCGGAUUUAGCUCUUCACUUUUCACUCGACAAAACACUUGCGCCGACUUCAUCUUCUGA